GCACCAAAUCCAAACACACACACACACACACACUAUCUCUCUGUUUUUCUCCCAAAAUGCAACAAGCAAUUCCUUACAAGGCAUGGACGACGCUUCCUCUGAAACACACCACCGGUGAUCGGAAACCGAUGAGUCAAUUUGACGGAUCUGCAACAGGUGCUGUCAGAGACGCGGUGUCGGAAAACGCCGUCAUCGUCCUGGCUCGUCGUGGAUGCUGUAUGAGUCAUGUGGUCAAGCGAUUGUUGAACGGCCACGGUGUGAAUCCGAGCGUGUUUGAGUUUGAAGAAGAUGAGGAGAACGAUGUUGUGAAGGAACUUGAGAUGAUCGAGUCGGAAAACGACGGUAACGAUAAACGUAGGGUGCAGUUUCCGGCGGUGUUCAUCGGCGGAAGGAUGUUCGGUGGAUUGGAUCGAGUGAUGGCAACACAUAUAACCGGUGAAUUGAUCCCUGUACUGAAACAAGCCGGUGCGUUAUGGCUUUGAUUUUGCCGAUUUCAGUGAUUUUGUUAGAUCGGUUUUGUUUUUUUUUUUUGUAAUUAAUUUUAGUGGAUUAAUUUGAGUCGAAGCAAUGAAAUGCAUUAUUAUCCCAUGAUUUGUACAUGAUGCAUUGCAGCUUGUACUUUGGUUGAAAUUAGGAGGAUUUUUUAAGCA